AUUCUCAACCGUUGAAAAUAGGACGAUACAUUUAAGACGCGUACUUCUCCAAAACUAAAGAACGGACAUAUUUAAUACUUUCAUCGUGUUUGUUCAAUGCCCUCUUGUGCAAAUUGCGUAUAAAACCUAGAAAGUGUGACCAACCACCCUGUUACUCCUUUAAGAAUUCUGGCUGAUUUUUCAGUUUUCCCUGUGUAGCUAUCUAACUACCAGUUUUUACGAUGAAACUACCUUCAGUGUCCCCCAGAAGCCGACGCGUCUGGGCUCGAUUGUUAUAGGCAGAGGCUCUCUGUGGCAGCACCUUGAUUGCCUCGCUGAAGCGCUCUAGUGCCGCGGGCAAGUCGCCCGAUUCUGCGGCUGCUACACCCAGAACCUCCAAGUCCUUCACCUGCUUCAGGAGGUGUGAGUCGAACACACGGUCUGGAAACAUAGCGAAUGUUUGGUUAUAUUAAGAAACUAUGGAAAACCAUAGGUUGAUAACCUCUGGUAUAACUAAUACAUUUCAAAAAUGUGUCUGAAAGGUCUGCACGUUUAAUUAAUCUAUAUCCAGUACUUUUAUUUUUAGGAGGGACGUGGCACAUUUUACCGUCAUCGUUCAGGUCCUCUAUUUGGUUCAAGCCAGGCACAUCUCCGAAUGGGGUUGUCGGGCUGAAUAUAGUUUGAAGAACGGCUCUGUCGUGUGCUGUAGCCAUGCUCGGAAAAAGAAAUAACAGCGCGAUUUGAACACGUUUUAACUAAAGCUGCUGUAACAUAUGCUUAGUGACUUAAAUAAAACGUGUACCGUUAACCUAGCCUUUCCAGAAGUUUUAACCAAUCGUAAAGGGGGUGGAGGUACUUACAGAGGACUUUGAUAUUGUCUGACAGAGUACACAUCUGUAUUUGAUUAGUAAAGAUGCAUGCUUAGCAUGACUGGUUCGUUUCGAUGUUAUGUAGCCUAACAUUAAGAUUAUUUUUGUUUUGCAGUCAGAUAACGAAGCCAUGUUUAUGCAAACAGAAUGAUCCCUAUUGAAAUACAAUAGCUAGGCUGUAUGACGAUAUAAAGCUUAACAAAAAGUGAAAUGGUUUAUUAUAUAAUUAUAAAAGAAGUGGUUAGUGGUUAUUGUUUCCACUAGCUAACAGGGAAUAACAACGAAUAUGUUAAGUAUAUUCAAAAAUCGCCCACUAUACUAAAUCUCGUAGUGGUCAAACUCUUAACGUUAUGCUACACCCAAAACGGCUCGGUUGCCUGGUUACAGCCGAAACAGGGCAAGUGCGAGAAGGCUGUGUAAGACCAAUAAUGCACAGGCGGGCGAAUCUUUGCCAAGGAUCAAGUCUACCGAGCAUUCGCAGUGAAAAUUCGAUUCUGGGCCACCAUGGAAGACGGCACCCACACGCUCAACCGAGUGUCUCCAGGCACAGAGAUGAUGUUCAGAUCCCAGAUGUCUCUGAACAACAGCUGGAGGAUGAUGUCAUCAUAAAUCCAGGAAGGCUGGAUUCUGUACUGCCUCCAAAUAGUACAAAUUAUCAGGACAGAUCUGGAGUGACUUAUAGGGGAGAAUUUGAGACCAAAAUGAGACAACCAAACAUUGCAAGCAAGAGAAGCUGUUUGCCACUGGCUGAGUGGCUCUUAGAUGACCUGUUGCAGGAUAUGGUGCAUGAAGUCACUGUGGAAACCAUUCAAAGAUGCACCAGAGGCUUUGUAGACUCUUUCUUGGCUGAGGUGACCAUUCGGCGAUGUGCUGCAGAUAUCAUAUCUGAGAUGGUACAGCUCCUCUUACAUGGACUGGUGGAGGAGAUACAGAGGGAGAAGGCUGCGGAUGGUGUCAUAGAAGCUGAGUUGCUUCCAGAAGUCCUUGUCGAAGAAGCCAGGGCUGUAGCCCUGUCAGAGAUGGCUAGAUGUGAGUCCCAGCUGACGGUCCAGCAGCUCUCUCAGGUCAGGCAGUACGCCAGCAGCAGGCUGAUGGAUGUCUUCCUGAUGGAUACCCUCCUGGAGCUGGUGGCCAGAAAACCAUGGUGCUUUACAGAGAAGAAGCAGUCUGGGAGGCUGCUGGACAAACGCGCUUCCAGCGACGUGGCCCUCCACGACGACGGAACCCCACACAAGUUAAAUUAA